CUUCCUUUCUGCGUCUGCGGAAUAGCCGUUUGACCCCGGAAGUGCUGGCUCUGUGAAAGCUGUCACCGAGAACGGCGGCAGAACGUCGCGGGUGUGGAGCCGGGAAGGAGGGUCACGCAGCACAAUGCCAGCUCUGCCCCUGGACCAACUCCAGAUCACCCACAAAGACCCGAAGACAGGAAAGCUGAGGACUUCAGCAGCGCUGCACCCUGAGCAGAAGGCAGACCGGUAUUUUGUGUUAUACAAACCGCCCCCUAAAGACAACAUUCCCGCCCUAGUGGAGGAGUACCUGGAAUGUGCCACCUUCGUAGCCAAUGACCUCGACUGGCUCCUGGCCUUGCCUCACGAUAAAUUCUGGUGCCAGGUUAUUUUUGAUGAGAACCUGCAGAAGUGCCUGGACUCCUACCUGCGCUAUGUACCCCGAAAGUUUGACGAGUGGGUGGCCCCGACCCCUGAGGUGGCCGACAUGCAGAAGCACCUACACCGAAGCGUUUUCCUCACCUUCCUUCGAAUGUCCACCCACAAGGAAUCCAAAGAUCACUUCAUUUCUCCAUCUGCAUUUGGAGAGAUCCUCUACAAUAACUUCCUCUUUGACAUCCCAAAGAUCCUGGACCUCUGUGUGCUCUUUGGAAAAGGCAACUCACCACUGCUCCAGAAAAUGAUAGGAAACAUAUUUACCCAGCAGCCAAGUUACUAUAACGACCUGGAUGAAACCAUUCCCACCAUACUUCAGGUCUUCAACAAUAUCCUCCAGCACUGUGGCUUGCAGGGGGAUGGGACCAGCACUACACCCCAGAAACUCGAGGAGAGGGCACGGUUGACCCCCAGUGACAUGCCUCUCUUGGAAUUAAAGGACAUUGUUCUCUACCUGUGUGAUACCUCUAUCACACUCUGGGCCUUUCUGGAUAUCUUCCCUUUGGCCAGCCAAACCUUCCAGAAACAUGACUUUUGUUACAGACUAGCUUCCUUUUAUGAGAUGGCAAUUCCUGAAAUGGAGUCUGCAAUUAAGAAGAGGAGGCUUGAAGACAGCAAGCUGCUGAGUGACAUGUGGCAGAGGCUCUCCCAUUCCAAGAAGAAGCUAAUGGAGGUGUUUCACAUCAUCCUGAACCAGAUCUGCCUCCUUCCCAUUCUAGAGAGCAGCUGUGACAACAUUCAAGGCUUCAUCGAAGAAUUCCUUCAGAUCUUCAGCUCCUUGCUGCAGGAAAAGAGAUUCCUCCGGGACUAUGACACCUUCUUCCCUGUAGCUGAAGACAUCAGCUUGCUGCAGCAGGCUUCAUCGGCCUUGGAUGAGACCCGGACCACCUACAUCCUACAGGCUGUGGAAAGUGCGUGGGAAGGGGUGGACAGACAGAAAGUCAAGGACACUAAAGAUCCAUUGAGAGCCAAGGAUCCUAGUAAUGAAGUCACAGUGACAUCAGAGCCAGUGAGUGAAAUGGCAUCACAGCUGGAGAACUCCGAGGAUGAGGAGUGCAUGGGUGCAGCAGCUGCCCUGGGCCCUCCUGUGUGUGGUGUGGAGCUAGACUCACUCAUCUCCCAAGUGAAGGACCUGCUGCCAGACCUUGGGGAGGGCUUUAUCCUGGCCUGCCUGGAGCACUACAGCUAUGAUUCAGAGCAGGUGAUCAACAACAUCCUGGAGGACAGGCUGGCCCCUGAGCUCAGCCAGCUGGACCGCAGCCUGGAAAGACAAGUGAAGCCGGACCCUACACCCCUGUUGACAUCUCGUCACAACGUGUUCCAGAACGAUGAGUUUGAUGUGUUCAGCAGGGACUCAGUGGACCUGAGCCGAGUGCACAAGGGCAGGAGGAAGGAGGAGAACGUGAGGAGCCUGGUGAAUGACAAGCGGGCUGUGGUGUCGCAGCGGCAGCGCUACCAGAAGUACAGCGUGGUGGUGGAAGAGGUCCCACUGCAGCCCGGAGAGUACCAGGUCGAUGACUAUGAGGAUGAGUAUGAUGACACGUACGACGGUAACCAGGUGGGCGCCAACGAUGCAGACUCCGAUGAUGAGCUCAUCAGCCGCAGGCCCUUCACCAUCCCUCAGGUGCUGAGAACCAAAGUGCCUGGAGAAGGGCAGGAGGAGGAAUAUGAUGAAGAGGAGGAGGCUGAAGAGGAGGCCCCCAAGCCAGACCAUUUCAUCCAGGAUCCUGCAGUGCUGAGGGAAAAGGCCGAAGCCAGGCGCAUGGCCUUCCUCGCCAGGAAGGGGUACCGGCCUGAGAACUCCACUGCAGUGAUGGGCAGCCCCAGGGGCCAUGGGCAAAGCCGAGAAACAACCCAGGAACGAAGGAAGAAAGAAGCCAACAAGGCAGCCAGAGCCAACCACAACCGUAGAACUAUGGCUGACCGCAAAAGAAGCAAAGGCAUGAUCCCAUCCUGAGGCCACAAGCUGCCUGGACGAGGGAGGCCCCUCAAGGCAGCUCUGCCCUCAGGAGCCCUUCAAGGCCACCGCCGCACCUCACCUACCAGCCAGCCAUGAACGCCUUCUUGUUGAAUACACAGUGCCUUAUCCCUUGGUGCAGGAACCCAAGGCCAUCAAGCAGGCUCUCUCCCAGCGCGCUGGCUGGAAAGGGUGGGGAUGCAGAACCAGGUGUUCCUCAUCUUGUGAAGCAAGACACAUCACCUCACGGAAGUCCUGGAUGGUAGGAAACUUGUAUAUUCAGAAGCAACAGAAAGCCCAUGAAUAAAGUUUCUGACCUUCCAACAA